AAGCUGCAUUAUUGUAUUGUAUUUUGCAUUUGCAUCAGCGAUUAACUAAUAAUUAAAGUCAAAGGCUUUUUUUUCCCUGUUUCUUUGGUGGAAAAAGUGAAGGACAAAUAACAGAGCAGACAGAGAAAGAGAGAGAGAGAGAGAUGGAGAGAGAGAUUUCACUAAAAUACUAAAUGAUUUAUGUUUUUGUUUUGCUGGCUUCAAAUCCAUCACUGUCCAUUUUGUACAGGUUUCGUAACCUUGUUCCAGUUCCGCAUUUUUUCCCCCCUUUUGCUCUUGCCCUUUUGAUUCUUGGUGAAAGAGAGGCCUUGGGAACAAAGUUUCCGUUUUCAAGAUUGAAGCUUUUGGGUCUGUGAGUUCUGAUCUCUGCAUAAGAGUCCUGUUAUUUCAUCUGGGUGUGUUGGUUUGACAUGGCUGUGGAAAAUCAAAGGGGUCAUUUGGGGGAUGAAGAUGGGAGUGGUGACCGUUUUCCAGUGGGUAUGCGUGUUCUGGCCGUGGACGACAACCCAAUUUGUCUCAAAGUGUUGGAGACUCUGCUUCGCAAAUGCCAGUAUCAGGUUACUACAACUAAUCACGCAGUUGAGGCUCUGAAAAUGUUGAGGGAAAACAGAAACAAGUUUGACCUUGUAAUCAGCGAUGUGAAUAUGCCUGACAUGGAUGGAUUUAAGCUCCUUGAGUUGGUGGGACUUGAAAUGGACCUCCCUGUCAUCAUGUUGUCAGCACACAGUGAUACAAAGCUGGUGAUGCAGGGUGUUACUCAUGGUGCUUGUGACUAUUUACUGAAACCUGUUCGAAUUGAAGAGCUGAAGAACAUAUGGCAGCAUGUGGUCCGAAGAAAGAAUUUUGAUGGCAAGGAUCAGAGCAAGGCUUCCAAUGAUGAAAAGGCUCUGAAUAUUGCUGGGGAAGGUAGCCCAAGCCUGAGAUCAGAAAACAGUGCUGACCAGAAUAAAAGGCUUGGUAAGAAAAGGAAGGACCAGAGUGAGGAAGAAGAAGAUGAUGGGGAAGGGAAUGGAGAUGAUGAUGACCCCUCAGCGCAGAAGAAACCUCGUGUUGUUUGGUCUGUUGAGCUGCAUAGAAAAUUUGUUGCUGCUGUUAAUCAACUUGGCCUAGAAAAGGCUGUUCCCAAGAAAAUACUUGACCUGAUGAAUGUUGAAGGUCUUACAAGGGAAAAUGUGGCAAGCCAUCUACAGAAGUAUAGACUGUAUCUGAAAAAGGCAAACCAUCAAGCUAACAUGGUUGCUGCAUUGGGUGGUAGUGAUUCUUACCUACGAAUGGGUUCAAUCGAUGGAUUUGGAGAUUUUUGCACCGCUUCUGGUUCUGGAAGGAUCUCAAACACUACAUUACCAUCAUAUGCAUCUUCUGGAAUUUUCAGUAGGCUGAAUUCCCCAGCUGGAUUGAACAUGCGAGGAAUCAGUUCUUCUGCGCUUAUCCGUCCCGUUCAGACUCAAAACCUCAACAGCUCCUUAAACACACUUGGAAACAUUCAGCCAUCAAUUUUUUCCGCAAAUCAGAGCUCAGGUUUGUUACAGGGCAUUCCAACAUCAAUUGAGCUUAACCAAUCUAAGCAAAGCAACUGUUCAACCGGUUUAUCGCAGCUAAGUCAAGUUGAUUCAAGUGGAUUUACAGUUGCCUCUAGCUUCCCAGACAGUAGGGCUACUACAGUUAAUGGUCCAAACAAUUCACUACCAUGUGCCUCAAAUAAUCAUAUAAUCUUACAAGGAAAUCCACAGCAAACACAUGGCCCAGGAACAUUUAGAAACCAGUCUUCUGUUAGAGCAGAACCUUUUGGCAUAGGUGGUUCUUCUAAUAUGUUGGAUUAUAAUCGGUGCAACGAAAACUGGCAGAAUGCGGCACAGUUGUCCAAAUUUCCGGCCAAUUCCUUGCCGUUGUGUGAUGCUUUCGGCAAUGACCAACUGCCUCCAACCAGCAUCAAUGUUUCCAACUCAGGUACUCAUAUUGGCAACACUCCGGUUGAUUUUUCUUCCAGAAUGGCAAUGACUGUUCCUUUGGAAGAAGUACAGCCUUUAAGCUACACACCACAACAAAGGUGGGAAGAACAUAAAUUGGAUUAUGACCAAAACUUGAGUCGACCCUUCAAUCCUGUAAAUUCAUAUGCUUCUUCCAGUGCAGCAACAAGUUCUAUGGGGCAUGGCUUAAAUCAAAAUAAUGCAAUUUGUAGCAAUAGAAUUAAUGCAUCUUUGGUUUGUCCAUGCACUGAAGUUGAUAGAUUCUCUUCUGACAUUCCACUGAAGUCGAAUGAAGCCUACAUUUUGGAGCAAUUAAAGUCCCAAGAAGGAUUUAUGCAGAAUACUUUUGGUACCUUGGAUGACAUUAUGGGUGCUAUGGUCAAAAGGGAACAAAAUGAGUUAACGUUGUUGGAUGGAGAAAUUGGAUUUGAUGCCUCGUACCCUGUUGGAUCAUGCAACUGAUUUCUUAUUCAGCUUGAAUUCAGGAUCAUUUAUCUGUCUCUGGAGCUGAUUGAUUGUGUAGUUUCUUUGAUGUACUUAUUUUUAUGUUCUGCCACUAAAUUUAUUUUCAUGGUCAACAUUGUUUCUUUACUUGAGGACUUGUGUUAGCCAUCAUCUGUUCUAUCUUGUUUUCAAUCUUGUAGUGCAUAAAAGUUUUCUGUGUAUUGGUUUAGAUAAAAUAAUUGUAAUAUGAAUGUGUUUCACGGUGCUCUCUCU